UGUUACGCAUUUUGUUAGUCUACCCAGAUUCUACUGAUUCACGAACUUUGCUAUUAAACUCCAAAAAUUUUCUGUUGUUGAUAAAACGUAAACCAAAAAUAAUCCAAAUACUAGGAAAAGGCAAAAAAGGAGUUGUUUCAUCAAUCAAACCUAACCUAUCAAAUAUCAGAAACAAGAAUGACAAGACUCUAAAGAAAUAUAUUUACAUAAAGAAGAAAGAAAAAUCAAAUUAGUAAAUUUAAUAUUCUUUUUCUAUAGAUUUCGAUAAGAUCUUUGAGAAAAUUUAUAAAAAGACAAGAAUUUGGCGAGAUACAUAGCAACAUGACGGACACCAACACUGCCCGGACGAUCGUCGGAAUCAUCGGAAACGUGAUCGCCUUCGGCUUGUUUUCUGCUCCAAUACCAACGAUGGUGAAGAUAUGUAAGAUGAAAUCGGUAUCAGAGUUUAAGCCAGAUCCAUACGUAGCUACAGUUUUAAACUGCAUGAUGUGGACCUUUUACGGACUUCCUUUUGUCCAACCUGAUAGUCUCCUCGUCAUCACCAUUAAUGGGGCUGGUCUUGUCAUGGAACUCGUGUAUGUCGUCAUCUUCUUCAUCUUUGCUACCUCGCCUGUCCGCAAAAGGAUCACAAUAGCUAUGGUGAUUGAGGUGAUAUUCAUGGCUGUGGUGGUCUUCUGCACAUUGUAUUUUUUGCAUACAACAAAACAGAGAUCUAUGCUUGUUGGGAUCUUAUGCAUUAUUUUCAAUAUUAUCAUGUAUGCUUCUCCUUUAACCGUCAUGGCACUUGUAAUAAAGACAAAGAGCGUGAAGUACAUGCCGUUCUUCUUGUCAUUAGCCAACUUCAUGAAUGGAGCUAUUUGGAUUGUUUAUGCAUGUCUAAAAUUUGACCUCUAUAUUUUGAUCCCAAAUGCUCUUGGAUGCCUAUCAGGAACAAUACAAUUUAUAUUAUACGCACUUUACUAUAAAACAACUAACUGGAGCGACGAUGAUGAAGAUAAAGAAAAGAGCAAUUUGAAUGCUGAAAUCGAGCUUUCCCAAGCUUGAUAAUUUCAGCUACGGAUUGAACUUUUCCAUUUUUCUUCUGUUUUACAAGAAGCUUCAUCGUUAGGUUUAGUAAGACCAGCUUCAUCGUUAGGUUUAGUAUCGGAAGAAAUGCCACCGAAAAUACAAAAAUAAUGAAGAAGAGGAACCACCCUUGAAGUUAAAAGUUUCUUGAGUACGAAGAAAGAAAGGGGUUUCAUUUUUUUUUUGUUGAAAUUUGAAAUGAUUAUAACUUUGACGAAGUUGUGAAUCUUAUGUAAUUUUGUUACAUUAUUAGAUUAUUUUAUAACACUUUUGGAGAAAAAAACUCGUCGAUUACGGUUUGAUGUUUAAGAUCAGAGUAACAGAGGUUCUCUUGUCUUAGGUUUUGUUGUGGUUCUGGCCGGUUAAGGAUCCUUGAACCUGAAAUCAAAUAGUGUAUUUACUCACCAAGUCUAGUAUAUUAGGAGCCUGUGACCGAAACUGCUGGCUCUUGCCUUACACAAGAGAGCUUAUCAGGCUGCUAAAUCAUCGCUUCCAUCUGGUUUAAACUGAUUCAAGAACAACUUUAAUUUUGCAACCGAUUAUUCCCAACAAAAAGAAAUGCUUGUAAGAUGAAAAAAAGAAAGAGUUGUGACGAUGGAUUUUGAAAAUUCAUAUGGUAAUGACAUAAAUUAAAAAACAAAAGAGAAAAAAUAAGCAGGAGUGGGUGGAUCGCUUUGUGCUUUAAACAAAGAGCAAAAGGCAAAACAAUGCUUUUAAUAUUUUACUUUUUUGUUACUUUAAAGAGAGAAGACAUUUGAUUCAAAUGGGAAUGCUCAAAAAACUACAAAAUAUUUGACAAGACUGAAAACAAAAAUAAUUGAUAGAGAUCAAUGACGCUCUACUUUAAUGAAAUACCCUUUUAUGCUAUUACAUGUAUUGACUAAAAAUUCGUGAUUAGUAAGAAAAUCUAACAGAACUGAAAAAUGCAUAUCGCAUGCGUGUAUUUUAUUUAGUAAGCUGGUAUAUUACUUUAGCAAUAUGGAAUCUUUAUGGAUAGUAAAAAGAGCAAAUAAAAUCAGCUAACACAUCUUAUGAUUGCGUCAUAAGUAACAUCUGAGUGCACACUGAUUAUCCAUUGUGACACGCGGUGAAUCACUAUUGGUUAACAAUAUCUAGGUGCAGCAGGUGCACUAGUAGAAGCGUCACAGUGGAUCACUGAGGCGUUUAAUUCUCCACGAAGAAAUAAGAAAGUGGGUCCCGCUCACCUUUCCUCUUUUUCCAUUGCCGCGAAAAUAAAUUA